AUGUCGAAGAAAACUCCUAGUCCUAAGUCUAAAACGCAAAAAUCAGGCCCUGAAAUCAAAGAAAAAAUAGUCACUAUAUCCCCGACGAAAGAUUCGUCGGAAAAAAGAAUCAAAAAAGCAACAAAAUUUUUGCAAAAUAAUGAAAACUUUGUAUUUCCUGCGUAUAGAGCUGAAACUGGUUUCAGUGCUACAUUUAGUAUGCUUUCUACCUCAAAUUCAUCCAUAAAUGCAGAUAAAACAAAAUUUGAUAAUACGUUAGUUGAAGAAAUCUCAGAGAAACGCAAUAAAAAGAAUAGAAGUUCGUCCAUGUCGCCAAACAAAGUUCAACUUAGUCUAGAACUUACAAAUCAACACACAAUUAUUUCUGAAUCCUCUGAGGAAGAAGAAGGUAUAGAAGCAGAAGAAAAUGGAUUAAAAAUAGGUGGUGUUAUAUCUCUCAUACAAAACUCAGAAAAUAAUACACAAGAAUUUAUUGGACUCGAUUCAACACAAAUCGAAAAGAAUACCGCUAACAAAACAAAUGAAGAUAAUUCAACAGUAAAGUCUUUUCCGAAUUCACCAGAAAAAAGUCAUGAAUCCGCAUUAAUUUUUGUUCCCAUAGAAACACCACAGAAAAAGCAUAAAGUAAUGACCAAAAUCACUCUUCAUCUUUCACCUAACUACUCCAAGGUGAUUGCUGCAAUAAGAAACUUAUUUGAAGAUACUUCUAGAAAUGGAGAACACGUAGAGAUUGGAAGAGCGAUGACAAAAGAACCAAGACGUCAUUUCUUAAUAUAUUUGACAUCUCCUACAGAAUUAUCUGGUGUUUAUGUUGUUAAGAAAAAUCAAUUAAAUUUAAUUUACGGAAAUGGGCCUUCGGAAAUUCAAUUUGCAGAUAUCAAAUCCUAUUUUGUUCAUAAUGUAGAAUCUAAGAUCAUGGAAAAGUGUAUUGAAGUUCCUUAUGUUCCUACUGAUGCCUGUAUAGCCUUUUUGAUUUAA